GCAAAAAUAAGUUUGUAGUAGUAAAAAUAUGUCACAAAAAACCAGUCAUUUGCUCCCAAUUAUCCCUCUCCCACUUUCGGAGGCCCAACUCAAGGAAAUUGUGGAGAAAUCCAAAGAUUGGGUCUUGAUGCAUGGAAUUUCCAUGCGACCUAAGACACAAUUUGACGAGGAUGGCCUCCGAUUUCUCCCUUUUGUCCUGAUCCCGUCGGUUUUUCCCCGAAAAGAGUUUGAAAAAGCCUGCGAAAUGCAGUCAAUUUUGAACGAGUUGAUGCAUAAAGUGGCCCACGAUCGGUGUUUUUUCACAGAAAGUCUUAAAGAUAUCGUCAAAGUGGAUGAAUUUACGCGAAAUCUGUUCAGGAUUUACGAGACGGUGGUCGCCGAGGGGCUUACGCAGCGAGUCUGUUUGGGACUCUUGCGGUCUGAUUACAUGGUGGAUUGUUCGUACAACAAUAAAAUUAAACAAGUUGAAAUAAAUACGUUUUCAGUAAGCUUGGGAGGAAUAGGCACAAACAUUACAGCAUUCCAUAGAUACUUAUUACGAGAAUUAGGUCACACUGACACACUCAAAAAUUUGCCGGAAAAUAACGCGCUGAAAGGCCUCUGUGGUGGCUUAAUUGAAGCGUGGAAAAUUUACGCAAACCCCGAAGCCGUCAUUUUGUUCCUAAUUGCAGAAAUCACUUACAAAAUUUGCGACCAAAGACUGCACGAAUUUAAAAUCAGAGAAAUGUGUCCACAGGUUCGUGUAAUUCGUCGCACUUUCACAGAUAUAGCGGCAAGGGCAAGUCUAGGCCCGAAAAAACAAUUGUUGAUAGAUGGGUGCGAAGUCGCGGUUAUUUAUUUUCGGACAGGGUUUGCACCCGAGCAUUAUCACAGUCACAAAGAAUGGGAAGCGAGAUUUUUAAUGGAAAGAUCACUGGCUAUCAAGGCGCCCUCGAUUCAUUACCACUUAGCCGGGACGAAAAAAGUCCAACAAACCCUUGCUAAACCAGGGGCUUUGGAGCAAUUUUUGAGCGACCCUUUGAAGGUUGCGAAAGUCAAACAAAUUUUUGGGGGUCUCUACAGCCUCGAUUCAGACGAAUUGGGGGAACAAGCGGUUCAAAUGGCCAUUGAUGAUCCGGAAAAAUUCGUUUUAAAACCCCAGAGAGAAGGGGGUGGUAAUAAUGUGUACGGGUUGGAGGUGCGAGACGCUGUUAAAAAAAUGAAAGAUAGUGAAGAACGCACGGCUUGGAUUUUAAUGGAACGGAUUCGCCCCCCGUUAACUAUGGGGUAUAUGGUGCGACCUGGGGGAAAUAAAGUCUCACAGUUGGUGGAGGUGGUCUCGGAAUUGGGGAUUUACGGAGUUGUGAUUGGUGAUGCAGAAAACAUCACGUAUAGUAAACAAGUGGGGCAUAUACUGCGCACUAAACCAGCAACGGCGAACGAAGGGAGCACUUCUAGCGGACCGGGUGCCUUAGACAGUCCACAUUUAAUCGACUAAUAUUUUUUUUAAUGUAUUGUUUAUCAUAAAAUAAACACCAGUUAUUUUAA